AUGGAUCGUCAAGUCGAUCUGCACCGGCAGCAGGCAGUCCCAAUGUCGCCCGGCAAGUGCGACGGGCCCGCACCCGCAAUCCUUUACCCCCGGGCUUGGGGUUCGUUCGUCCACGCUUUGAAGCAGUUCCAGACCUCUCUCGCGUCGCCGGUUCAAGUACAGACGCAACUGCAACUUCAGCCACUACUGUCGUCGAUCGACGACCCGCGGGGCAGCGUCAACGACACCAACGCGCAAGAGAGCGAUCGAGCCAGACCGUCCCAACUGCGCUGCUACCGUUGCCAGAAGGGCCUUUUCCCCGGCACGAUCUUGGAUCGAUGACGUUGCAAUGUCCGAUCUGUUCGGCUCUACACUGGGAGUUCGAAAGAUCACCGACCCCAGGCAGCGCCACACCCCCGGAGCUGCUCGCGCCUCUGACUGGCGAUGGCCCAGGUUAGUACACGUCGAUUCGUUCAACCUGCUAGAUUGAGUACAGCGGACUAACGGCCUUGCUGACUAUCCGUGAAACAGUUGAGAAGACUUUCCGGGACGGUAUGCUUGCAUUCAAAGAAAACCUUGCUAUGGCAUCAUUCGGCACGAGCAAAGGCCACGACAUCAACAGCCGCUCCGGGCCACCAUCUUUCUACCUGAGCGGAAUGGUAUUUCACCGUAUCGGAACCCUAGCACCAGCCCCAGCAGACGACCCGGUCUUUGCUCAGAUUCUAUUCCUGGCACCGACGGAACGCAUUGAAGCCCGACGAAGAUUCAACGGACCGCCUGAAGAAGUUCGACGUCUGGACUCAGCGUAUCAGCAGAUUGUUCCUCUGCUCGACGACAUGCUACGACAUCACAACAGGCGCGUCAAACUUUUCUUGACAGCACAAGAGUUCAUGGACAGUGAUGCGUCUCAUAUGCACCAGCUGCGUUUACUUGCACCGCGCAAUCGAGAUCCGAGAACCUACAACUUGCCGAUCCAAGACGAGGUGGCCGUCAUUCUACCCGGCCCGGAGACGAGACCGAGUACCGAUCUUCAAGAAGAGAGUUCGUCGUUCGGUUACGUCACCCGCCAAACAAUGACGGCCGCGGAAUUCAACUUAUUCACGAUGGUCACCCUGCACUCAUCGCACUCACGUACCCGCUAUUGUUACCGUCUCGCGAAGACUGGUACCACGACAGAAUUCCCCUCAGCCAAAACACUUUCGCAAGGGAGGCAGCUCGUCGCGUGCGGGACGAAAACGGCGUCUUGCAACGCACAACGAAUAACACCAACGCCAACCCACAAACCGGAAGGGCCGGAUCCAAACGUGUGACGCAGAGCCAAUUCAACGCGUUUUACUUCCAUAUUUCAGUUACCCGACGUCGUUCCUUGAGGGCCGGUUGUUCCAGAUAUUUGUCGCGGACGCCUGGGCAUUAACUGAACAAGAACGGCUAUAUUGCAUGAGAACGAAUCAGCCAAAGCUCAGAGCCGAAGAGUAUUCGUCCCUUCAAGCAAGUCUGGCUGAAGGACUCGAUCCCGCGCAGAUUGGCAAAAGAGUCAUUCUACCGUCGUCACAUACUGGAUCGCCACGCCAAAUGGUCCAACUUUACCAAGAUGCUAUGGCCAUCGUUCGUGUUUUUGGUGCUCCGGACAUGUUCAUCACGAUGACAUGCAACCCUGCCUGGUCGGAAAUCGUCAACGCGUUGCUUCCUGGCCAAACCGCAUCCGACCGUCCCGACAUAGUAACACGGGUCUUUCACGGUAAAUUGAAAGCUGUUCUUGCGGAUGUAUUAGGCGUUCGUCGAGCGCCGGGAGUGUCUGGAAAGGUAUGUCAAUCGGCGCGGUCAAUAUAAAAUGGAUAGAAUGCUCACGUGUCUCAAUUCUUUGCGCAGGUCAUCGCAUAUGUCUAUGUUGUCGAAUUUCAAAAGCGCGGGUUGCCUCACGCCCAUAUCCUUUUGAUCAUGGAUCCACAAGACAAACCAAAAACAAACGACGACUACGACAAGAUAGUCACCGCAGAAAUAUCGGACCGCGACAAAUUCCCUGCAUUGUUUGAGACCAUCACAAACUCCAUGCUACACCGGCGAUGUGAUCUUGCCACGACGACCAUGGAAAAUGUACCAAAGGGUUUCCCAAACGACUCCAACCGCGCACGACCAGCGAAGACGGUGGAUAUCCUCACUACCGGCGUCGCGGAAUACACCAGUAUGUCAAAUUCCCGGGAACAGCGCAAGAAGAAGUUUUCACGGAUGCAAACGUUGUUCCUACAAAUCCGUGGCUUGCUUCCAAGUACAAUUGUCAUGUCAACGUCGAAAUUGCGAGCGGGGUUGCAGCAGUCAAAUAUCUGUACAAGUACGUUUACAAGGGACACGACCGUACUUCGUUCACGAUCGACGAACCCGGAGCUCAAGACGAAAUCGACGAGCGGAGUGACACUAAAGCCCUAGGCCCUAGGCCCUACGCUCUGGGUUCGUCGGCGAUCGUGAAUGAAGUACGGUCGUGGCCCUUGUAA